CAAUAACAGGUUUGCUCGGUUGGGAAAACUCCAUUCAUCUUUCCUAAUUGGGAUUGCAGGACAGAAUUGAAGCGUGAGCUCCUUCUGGUGGUUUGUUUUGUUACUGCAUGCUGGCCCACUUAGAAAUGUUCAGUCCAUUCAAAGUCAUUCCACAUUCCCCAAAUUCCCACAUUUUUCAUUGUUCCGCAUUGUUCGAACUGUUGGGCUCAUUCAGGACAUACGGAACAAAUUCCCACAUUUUCCCAAUCAAAUUCUGGAAUGAGGAAAGAUUUGAAAUAUUUACCGCCUCCUUUUAAAGGAGCAGCCUUUCAGCUCUUCAGCAUUCACGCUGAAUUUUUCGACAGAAAUUGCAUUCUCUAGUUAUCAUUAUUAGGAUUAUAUUUUCAUCAUUAUGCAAAGCAGAAAAUCAACUGGCAAUUGUCCGUUGACCCCUCCUCGUUGGGGAGCUGCGAAUCCUCGUCGUUUAACAGCUGUAGCAAUUAGCGGCCCGCGAGCGCCUCGGCUUAAUUCCACUUAGCCGGGAUGCCAACGGGGGUGACGCAAUAACAACAGAGGAGACUAAAUGAAGAUGACUGGACACACACACACACACACACACACAAGAAUAGACAUGCUAAGAUAAGUCUUUUUUUGGCGCGCUUCUUGGCGGCAGGCUUGAAUUAAUUCAACCGGCUGGCAGAUGCGAGAUGUUUGGUGGAGGGCUAACAUCUGGCGGGACACUUCAUUAGGUACCCUCACCUCAUCUCAUCCGAUUCAAUCCCCCCCCCAAAAAAAGAAGAUAAUACUUGGGAUUCAUCAUGUCGCCAAGAUGUCAAUGAUGUCGUCGCCCCGGGAGCUUUUUCGAAUAUUUUCACCCGCUAGUGUAGCGACAUAAGCUAACUAAAGCAUUAGCGACAGCUGUUUUCGCCCACCAUGUUAAGUUAAUUAGGUCAAACUUUUGAGGCAGAAGAUGUGGGAAUAUCCGUUCCGCUCCAUUUUAGUUCCCGGCCCAUAGCUGUUAAAUUGGAUUCUUCCACCCCAAACUCAUCCAAGCAUGACUUUGAUGGGCAUGUGGGACCCUUAUGUGUUCGCUUCUCUCCCGCCCACCCAGGCCCACCCGGCCAUCCCACCCUGAAUACGAUUCUUUAUCCUGCUACUAGCCGUAUCCGCCUGCCCCCGCCGAUCCAUCUGUCGGGCGGAUUUGGAUAAAUAACCUUGCUGCAUGUCAUUGUUAUGAGUUUAGCGCUUAAUAUUCCACCUGUUCGGCUAAGAGGUGACAUAUUUGAUAUUUCAUAAGCGAGUAAGUAUUUGGUCUUGCUUGAUUAAAGUGUAAUCUUCCCAAUGGAUAGUCAGGAUUCUUAUAAUAACAAUACAAAUAUAGUCCAUUUGCUUUCACCCAAAACGGCAGACUUCCUGUCUUUUCAGGCAUAGAUUCUCGAAAAAAUUUUUUUUGCAGUCUACCCGUGAUAAAUGUGCCUAAAUGUUCCGAACUGAAAGCUGAUUUUGGAGGUUACAUUUUUCUUAAAUUGUUUCUCCAGGAGGAGUCCAUCUUGAAAUUGACCAACACGGCCCCUGGGAAAAAAAUGCCCGUGUGUUUUUGGGCAUGAUUUAUAGAGACUUUUUUGUGGGUGUACUCAAGGUAGACAUGUCUACCAAAUUUGAUGUCGCGAAGUCAAAGUGGCUUUUUUUCAAAACUUCCAUGACGACAAAGAAAAUCAAUUACAAUUGGGCCUUCGCACCGCUUGCUCGGGCCCGCAAUAGUGAUGUAAUAGUCAUUCUACCCAGGCUGAUUUUUGGCAACACAAACACACACACACACGCACGCACACACACACACACAGAUGAUUGUUUGCCUUUGCAACAUCUGCAAGUUGAGUCGGCGCUGUCACUCAGCCCAGCUUUGAGGAAGACGUCCUGAUGGCGGGACCGCGGCCAGCCAAGAGAAUAAAUGCAUGGGACAUGUAAUGGAUAAAAGUGUGUCCACGUGUGUGUGCGUGUGUGUGGUCACAUGUCAUCAUCAUAUGCGGAAAAGGUUGAUAACCUCUGCUGCAAUCGAUGGGAGGAGCUCUGGCAUGAGCAGGCUGCUGCUGAUGCACAGUGAGGACAUGCAUCAGGAGUUACUGUUUUAUUCCACAGGCAACAGCAUUUUUCCAAAUCUGAAGAAAUAGCAAGUAUAGCACUUGUUUUGUUAAAGUCAACCCUGUCAACAUGCACUCCUCCACGUCCAUGCUCAACAUUUCCCUGGUGGACGAAUGCGAGGUGGCGGACCAGCGUUCUCUGCUGCCUCCCCCCAGGACGCUUUCCCCCCACCGGGCCUGCCCCCCCCAGCGCGGGAUGCGCCCGUCCCUCCAGAGGUGUGCGGAUCGCACGGUGUGGCUGGACCGCACCCAGGCCAUGGCCACCAUGCCUUUAUACAACGGCCACCCGUGCGCCCGAGCCUCGCCGUGCUCCCCCAGGAGGGCCGACAAAGUCAAAUGCAAGGAGAAGAAACGGCAGAGUUGUCCGAGGAAGGAGCGAAAAGCCAAGAACUCGGCAGCUUCCAGAAUCCAGGAGAAGGGUUGCGCUUUUAAUGACGUGGCCCAUUGCGGGUCCCCCUUCAAAAGCUCCAGGAGGCCUCCGGUCCAGAGCCUCCAGAGGCAGGCUCGCCUCUCCUCAGAGAUGAGCCAGAGCCUCCCGGAGAUCAUCGUCACCAGCAGGGACGACGAGCCGCCCGAACCCGGCAAUGAGACGGAUCGGGAUCGGGGCCUCCUGCCCGGGGCGCCCCGCCCCUCCAGCCCCAAGCGCAAGGCGGAGGCCAAGGACGACCACUACUGGAAGACGCAUAGCAUCGGGUGGCGGCUGGUGCGCAGGAGGGCGCUCUUUCUACGUAGGCAGAGGCUGAACGACUGCGCUCUCGCCGUGGGGAUUUUCGGCGUGGUCAUGAUGGUCAUGGAAACGGAACUCUCCUGGAGCAUCUACAGCAAGAGCUCCGUCUACUCACUCACACUCAAAUCCAUCAUCAGCGUUUCCACCAUCAUCCUGCUGGGCCUCAUCGUAGCGUACCACUGCUGCGAGGUGCAGCUGUACGUCCACGACAGCAGCGCGGAGGACUGGCGCAUCGCCAUGACGACGGAGCGCCUGGCCCUGAUCGCGCUGGAGCUGGCGACGGCGGCCGUCCAUCCGUACCCGGUGGGCCUGCUGGCCUACUUGCAGCGGCGGACGCCGACGACGGCGGUGCUGUCCGAGACGGAGCUGGAGAUCGUGUUGGCGCUGCCCAUGUUCCUCAGGCUCUACCUGCUGGGCCGCGCCAUGAUGCUGCACAGCAGGCUCUUCACCGACACGGCGUCGCGUAGCAUCGGGGCGCUCAACAAGAUCCACUUCAACGCCCGCUUCGUGGGCAAGACCCUGAUGACCACCUACCCGGGCACCGUGCUGAUGAUCUUCAGCGUCUCCCUGUGGAUCGUGGCGGCGUGGGGGCUGCACGUAUGCGAGAGGCAUCACAACUACAGAGACCUGAGCAGCAACUACAUGGAGGCCCUGUGGAUGGUCUCCGUCACCUUCCUGUCUAUCGGCUACGGGGACGUGGUGCCUCACACCUACUGCGGUCGCAGCAUCUGCCUCCUCACCGGGAUCAUGGGGGCCGGCUGCACCGUCCUGGUGGUGGCGGUGGUGGCCAGGAAGCUGGAGCUGACGCGGGCCGAGAAGAACGUGCACAACUUCAUGAUUGACUCGCACAUCUCCAAACGGAUGAAGAUCGCGGCAGCAAACGUGCUGAGGGAGACUUGGUUCAUCUACAAACACACCAAACUCUCCAGGGAGAAAGACCACACCAUGGUGCGCAUGCACCAGCGCAAACUGCUGCUCGCCAUCCACCAGCUUCGGCGCGUCAAGGUGGACAAGAGGAUCCUGGCCGACCAAGGCAGCACGCUGGUGGACCUCUGCAAGGUGAGAGAGGCAAGUGCACACGCACGCUUUCUUGCGAAUCCCGAGCCGAGUGCGAACGCAGCGCUGCUUUGGGAACCCCUCAGUUGCAAACCACGCUGGGCGACGUGCUGGUCGAGGUGCAGGGCUGCCGGGCCGAGCUGGACACGCACGUCCACGGCCUGGAGAAGCACGUGGAGGAGCUGCGCGAGGGCUUCCGCGGCCUCAUGCCGCUGCUCGCCAGCACCUUGUCCACGCAGAACUCGUCCAUCCGCCACCUGCUGCGCGAGAGGGAGAAGAAGGGCGACGGUGCUGGCGGCAGCCAGGACAGGUAGAUGGGAAAGUGGGCGUCUGGCGCCCCCUGGAGGGAGGAGUAGUGUAUUGCGGAACAGGAAAAUGCUGCUCGUUGCAUUUGUUUCGUGCCACCACCAAUUGUGGCAAAUAUGAAGCGUCUUAUAACCAUAGAAGCAGAAAUGGAACAGAAAAGGGGUUCACAUCCGGCUGCUUAGAUCAAUAGGAGCAAAUGUACCACAAAAAUUCACAGUCCCAAUGUACAUUUGGCUUUUUUGUGUGUGAUGCCAAAUGUGAAAUAAAUUCCAUAGGAGUGGAAAAGGAGGUUUUUGCAAGCGGGCACUCUCCAUGUUGUAAUGUAACCGUAUGAUGAUGUCAUCAUUUCUAAUAAACACGUC